CAAGCACUUUUAAUAUUAAAUUUCAUUUAUUCCUCCUUGAGUUUAGCAGGCCAAAGGAUGGGAAAUGGAAUGGAACCUAGUCUUUUCCUUAAUAAAUAUAACAGUUUUAUUAUAUUUAGUCAAAUAAAAUGAGUAAAGAAGUUUGUUGUGACCAAGAAGAUGAUCAUAUUUCACAAAGAUUAGAUCGAUUAGAGAAAAGAUUGAAUGAUUUGCAGCAACUCUUUAUGUCUCUCUCUGCUAUCACUGUUGAGCCUCCUGCUUCCACUGUUGUUUCUUCAUCUGCUGCCACUGUUGUGCCUCCUGCUUCCACUGAAGCUCUGGUUGCAUCUUCUGCUCCCACUGAACUGACGUAUGAGAACUUUAUACGGUAUCGCACUCAAAACCCCGGACCCCACUCAAACCGAUCGUUUUUGAGAUGGGUUGAGCAUGGUGGGCAAGAUAGGCAGAACUUGAGUUGGAACAACAAUCUUCCUGACCAGAAUGCUGAAGACUAUUGGAGGCGAGGCAGCAGAAGAAGAAGACACUAUGGCAGAAGAGAGAGAGGAGGGAAUAUAUUUAUAUGUAAUAUUUACAUGUAGCUACUGAUAGUAAUUUAUACACUUUAUAGGUUUAUACUAUUUGUAGAUUUUGUUUGUAAAUAUAUGUAUAUACUUCUUUA